AUGACUGUAUUCAAAGGUGUUCUCGGGUUGAUGAUGCCUCUCUCUUUGGUGCCACGCCAGCAUCAUGGCUCACUGAAUCCAGUCUCAACGCAGGCUGAUGACAUGACACUGAGUGGGACGAUCUUCCUGAUUCUGGGGCAUGGGGUAGACAAGGUCCUCCAUUCUGCCUCUCUCUUUGGUGCCACGCCAGCAUCAUGGCUCACUGAAUCCAGUCUCAACGCAGGCUGA